GUCGGGUGCAGCCCAUAACCCAUGAAAAGGGUGCGCGUACAUAAGAAAAGAAACCCUAAACACAUUCACCCUAUUCGACUCGUUUUCCUCUCUGCGCCUCCUUGUCUCUGCUUCUUCAUCUUCCCCCGUUCCCAACAGGAGAGGUUUAAGGAUUCAAGAUGGGUCGUGUUCGCACCAAGACAGUGAAGAAGUCUUCACGCCAGGUGAUUGAGAGGUACUACUCCAAGAUGACCUUGGACUUCCACACCAACAAGAAGAUCCUGGAAGAGGUUGCCAUCAUUCCCUCAAAGAGGCUCCGCAACAAGAUUGCUGGCUUCUCCACUCACCUGAUGAAGCGUAUUCAGAAGGGCCCUGUUAGGGGAAUCUCACUCAAACUGCAGGAGGAAGAGCGCGAGCGUCGCAUGGACUUUGUACCUGAAGAGUCUGCCAUCAGGAUCGAUGACAUCAAGGUCGAUAAAGAGACCCUGGACAUGCUUUCUUCUCUUGGCAUGUCUGAAAUUCCCGGGGUUUCUGAAGCUGAGCCGCAGGUUGUGGUGCCUAGCCAAGGAUAUGGCCGGGGUGCACAAGGAAAGAGGUACUAAGGUAAUGGAAGCUUUCUGCUUGUGAGUUGAGGAACUACAAAUUUACUUAAUUCAAGUUUGCAUUCAAGUAUGUGGUAAAUGGAUCUUGUUUUGUAUUUUAUCUGAACGUUCACUUUAUAUUGCGUUUGCAAGAUGGUACACUAGUUUGUGAAAUGGAGUCAACAUGUUUGUUGUUUUGCAAAUUCUGCUGGCUUUGCUUUUGAUACGGAUCAUAUGGAGUUUAUGAAUGCCGCCCAUGGCUUUUUAAUUCAGA